GGCGUUCAUUUCAUUUAGUAUUCGACGUAAAUCAUUCGUGAGAACACUAAAACCAGCAACAGAUUUUGAGAAUUAUACCAAAUUUUUCCGUUUAGCAAAUUAAAUUCGUAGUUUUCGAUCAUGGUUCAAUUGACGCGCAGCACAAAAUUUACCUGCAUUUGCUUUGGCAUCUACGUGUCGUAUGCCGUGUUCAUAUUCCUGCUGUUGCCCCUGCUGAUGCCCGAUCCGGUGACCCUGCAGCGGUCGAUGCUCGCCUACAAGACCCGUCACCUGGGCAACCUGACCAGAUAUACGCUGGAGACGGGCGGUGAGCCGAUUCGCUCGCUGCUGGUCACAUUCCGGGGCUCCGGCGCGCUGAAGCUGCUGGAUAACUUGUCCUUUCAGCCGGGCUGCUAUCAGCACUAUGCCCCACUGAUUGCCUACCAGAACCGCAUGAAUGCGGCGCAGCGGCACGAGGAGGCGCUGGAGGAGAUUGUGGCGCUGUACAGGUGCGACUACAACAAGUCGGCGCCGAUGCUCAGCUGGGGCAUGCAGUCGUCCACUUUCCAGCGCUUCUAUGGCGUGCAGUGGAAGAACAGCCUCAUCUAUCCGAAGGAGGUCUGCUGGGACCCCAAAGUCAUGUCCGAUAUCUGCAAGAUCCAUCCGUUCCUCAACAUGGCCGUGUACAAUCUGAGGCUUGAGUUUCUGAGUAACCUGCUGGAUCAAGAGGAUCUCAAUGUUAAGAUCCUUCUGCUGAUCCGCGAUCCCCGGGGCACAAUGUACUCACGUUCCAACAGCGCUUGGUGCACCAACAGUCCGGACUGCGAGCCGGCGAAUCUGUGCAGUGAUAUGGCCAGUGAUUAUGAAACGGCCAUGGUUCUUCUGAAGCGUUUUCCGCAUCGCUUUGGAAUGGCGCGAUACGAAGACCUUGCCAACAGUCCCGAGGAGACCGUGCAGAAUAUUUUCAACUUUUACGGCCUGCCAAUGAAGCGGUCCAAGGAGGUGAUCCGCGGCAUCCAUCCACGCAGUGCUCAGCGUGAGGCCGAUGGCUGGGAGUUUCCCUGGCGGCAUGCCAAUGAACCGGCAUUCGAUUGGAUGUACAAAAUGAAGCACGAGGACAUCAAAGCCGUUCAGAGUGUCUGCAAGGACACCAUGAACAUGUGGGGCUAUCGUCUCAUCAAUGACUUUGAAGGCUUCUUUCCCGAGACCUUUCAGCCGUUGCUAGAAAAGGCUUGAAUUUUACAUUUGGAAAUUUCUGCGCCCAAAAGUAACCCAAAAGGUAACCAGAUGUUGUAAGCGAAUAAGAAUUUGAAUUUAUAGAGGAAAUCGUUCAAGAUGUUAAUUUAAUACAAGCAUCUUAACAAGUUAAAA